AUGUCAGCUUCAAAUGUUAACUGCAAAAUUUCUGAAGAUGCUGUUGCUAAACAAGAUAUGUCAAAACUUAUUGAAGUCAUUGAACCAUGUACAUCUCUAUGGAACUUUAAAUUAUCACUGGGUGAAAGAUCUGAUGCUGUUAAGGCUAACUUGUGGAAUAGUGUAUAUGUACAUUUUAAUGGAAAAUAUUCAAUUCCUGCAUUAAAAAAAAGUUGGAAGUAUUUAAAAGAAAAGUACACUCGAGAAAAAAAAAUCCCAGCAUCUGGCAGUGCAGCUACUAAAAAAGAAUGGCCUCAUUUACGCAGUUUGCAGUUCUUAGAUGAUGUAGUAAUAUGUAAAAAACGCACUAUGGAUAGUAUUCCAAGUACUUGCGAAGAGGUUGAUACAGAUGUACCACCAAGACUGAAAAAAAGUAUGCAUUAUAUGUUAUAA